AUGUCUGAGAACGGAACAGUAGUUUCAAGGGCUUCCACUCCUCGCCCAGCAACAGAUAGUCCAGUGACCGCUCCUCUGCGCUCAAGACAUGACCAAUUUCUUGCAAGUGCAGCUGAACGAGCCCAGAGACCAUCAUCAAGUGGUCGAAAUGCAAAUGGAAACUUUGAGUCCCCUCCUAUUCCUCCUUAUCAUCGCCAAAUAACUACUGGCACCCUUCUUGCUCCUUCCCAUCGCGAAUCGUCCGCAUUUGUACCUGUUGUGCCAACAAGAGCCAUGCAUCCUGUUAUGUAUCCUAAUGAAAUGCAUCCUUCGCUUCUACCAUCUGAAAUGAUAGAAAGGGAAAGAAUGUUAGAAAGAGACAGAAGUGAACCAGCCAAGGGCUCACCUGACAGAACUUCAGGCAAUUUUGCUAAAAGAAAUUCUUUUGACCUUAUGGCCAUGAUGGUUGAAAAGCGCAAAGAAGUGGCCUUGCGUGAGGCUGCAGCAGCUAUGCUUAUUCCACACCACAGAGCUUCAUCAAUAGAUGGUAUGAUAUCAGACGGAUCAUCACAACCUCCAAUUUAUGGUCCUCCUGGAGCAUUUCUCGGGGCGCCAGGUCCUUCUCCAACUGCUGCUAAUAGUUUCACUUUUCCUGGUGCUGGAUUAUUUCCUCCCGGUGCUGGUCCCCAUCAAAUGCAUCCCCAUCUUGAUAGACGGUUGCUUAGAGCCCCUGGAAGAGCUUCAAGACCGAAAAAACAAUUUAUCUGUAAAUUCUGCAAUCGCCAAUUUACAAAAUCCUAUAACCUUCUUAUCCAUGAAAGGACGCAUACAGAUGAACGACCAUAUUCAUGUGACAUCUGCGGAAAAGCUUUCAGAAGACAAGAUCACUUGAGGGACCACAGGUACAUUCAUUCAAAAGAGAAACCUUUUAAAUGCACAGAAUGCGGGAAAGGAUUUUGUCAAUCGCGAACUUUGGCUGUUCACAAGAUCCUUCACAUGGAAGAAUCUCCUCACAAAUGUCCUGUAUGCAGUCGAAGCUUCAACCAACGCUCUAAUCUAAAAACACAUCUACUCACCCACACCGAUCACAAACCUUAUGAGUGUAAUUCGUGCGGAAAAGUAUUUAGGAGAAAUUGUGAUUUGAGGAGACAUGCAUUAACUCAUGCUGUCGGUGACGUUCCCACAGGAGACGUUUUAGAUGUAGGUGAAGAGGAAAUGGGGAGAUCUGGAUCACCGAUUGAACCAGGUUAUGAUGAUGAAGAUCAAGAUCUUUCUUCUCCUGAACAUUCUCCAGUAAGAAGAGCUCGCUCAUCUUCUAUCGAAAGUAUUGGUAGAGAACAAAGUGAAGAACGACCACGGCCCGUAUCACCAUCCCCAGUAGAACGCACUCAUUGUCAUCACAAUGAACCUAGAGAUCGAGCUAGCCCUUAUACUAUGCGUCCUCAGCAUCAAGACAAAUAUCGUAUGCAUUCAUCAGACUUCUAUGAGAAACGAAAAUAUACAUCUGAAGAAAUAAUGGAGAAGGAAUUAAGAUAUUCAGAGAAUCCCGAACAUCAAGUAAGACAUCCUCAGUUACAAAUACGAAGAGAUUUACACCAGGUUCCUAACCCUGAUUCAUCAAAAAUAAAUCAAAUGUCUAGCCCAACUAUAGAUCCAGGACCUACAGGGAUGUAUUUAAGUCCAUUCAGAAAAAGAAGUCAUCCUCCCGAUAUAGGGGAAAAUAUAAGAAACUGCGCUGCCGUUUAUAGGAGUCGUUCACCAGAACCAACUAACUUAACGAUGCCACGACCACCGAUGAGUGGAAGUGAGGUUGUAGUAGGAGUUCCACCUUCUUUAAUUGCAAUGCAACCAUAUCACAAGUUUGGUCUACCCAUGCCUCCUCCACACCCACAAAUUCCAUACGGUCCAGUCCCUCAUUCGGUGUUAGGGCCCCAACAAACAGUUGCUCAAGACUUAAUUGUCAAACAUGCUCCUCCUAAAGAUACAAUACCUAGCACAUCAACUAUUGUAACAAGUAGCAAUGACAUUUCACAAAGUAACUCCAAGGACAGUGUUGUUUCUGAUUCAACUAGCAUUGCAAAUGGAAUUAAGAAUAUAGUUGGCAUUCAGCCAAACACAAAUCCAAAACCUGGAACGAGCCAAUCGAGCGGUCCCAAAAAAGGUUUUAGCAUAGAAGAUAUAAUGAGACGUUAA